UUAUACUAAUAUUUUAUACUUUUGCAUUACGUAUUUGCAUUUAGGCGUUAAAGAGAAAAGAGAAAGAGUAGAAUAUAGAAAGAACUAACACGAAAAGUUUAUGUAACACGAACUAAAAUCGUUCCAAAGAUGUCUGGAAUAGAAACUGGCAUGAAGUUUUUAAAACAACUAUUACACGUGAGUGUAAUAUUCACUAUCGUAGUAGCAAUUUGUGCCGAUGAAAAUUCAGAAAAUAACUCAUCUGAGACAGUUAUUUAUCGCUUAUCAGACGACAUAAUACCGGUACACUAUAAUAUCAAAUUAAUACCAUAUAUGGAAGAAGGCAACUUUACUUUUGACGGCGAAUCUAAUAUCAGCAUAAAAGUUCGUAAUACAACACAAAGCAUAAGUUUGCACUCAGUAGAACUAAAAGUAAAUGAAACAGCGACGACAUUAAUUAAUGUUAAUGGAGUAAUUUAUAAACCUGUGAGACAUAGUUAUCAUAAUAAAACGGCUAUUUUAGUUCUUCAUUUUAAUGAUGAACUAUCAUCCGGAUCUUAUAGCCUGAACAUAAAAUUUGUCGGUAUUUUACAUCAUGAUGUAAAAGGUUUCUUUAAACUGUCGUACAAAAACGAAGAAGGAAGUACAGAGUGGUUGAUAGCAACACAACUUGAAAGUACUCAUGCCCGACAAGUAUUUCCGUGUUGGGAUGAGCCAGCAUUAAAAGCCACUUUCAAUAUAUCUGUAAAGCAUCAUCAAAAAUAUAAAGCUUUAUCUAAUAUGCCAAUACGAAAGAAGCUUAUGGCUGAACAUAGUAUGGUGUGGUCACACUUCAAUACUACUCCUGUAAUGUCCACUUAUAUUAUUGCGAUUGUGAUAUUCGAUUUUACUCAUAUUCACAACGUAAAUAAGACCAUCAAUGUAUGGUUUAGACCUCCUUUGAUAUCGCAAGUAACAUUCGCAAAUGAUGUUGCUAAUAGGGCUGUUCAGUAUUUGGUCCAAUACACGAACAUUUCCGAAAUAGUGCCUAAAACGGAUCAUAUCGCAAUACCACAUUUUUCAGUUGAAGGCAUGGAGAAUUGGGGACUCAUCAUUUACAAUGAAGCAAGGAUUAUCUAUGAUGAAAACAUACAUUUCGUUAUUCAUAAACAAGAUGCGGCAAUCUUAAUAGCGCACGAAUUAGCACAUCAAUGGUUUGGUAAUUUAGUAACUCCAUCUUGGUGGUCUGAUCUAUGGUUAAGCGAAGGAUUUGCUACGUAUUUUCAGUCAUAUAUUCUUGACAAGAUGUUCAAAGAUUGGCGAAUGACGGAUUUGAUGGUAGUUAAACAGUUACAUAAAUUUCUCCGUUACGAUAUUGGUGAUAUACUGUAUCCUAUUACAUUCGACGUUAACCAUUACUUUGAACUAGAUGAUAUUAGAUCUGCUGUUGUUUAUGACAAAGCUUGUGUCAUAUUACGUAUGUUGCAACAUCUACUUACGGAAAAGGUUUUCCAAAAAGGUAUCAUCAUGUAUCUAAAUAAACACCAGUUUAGCACAGUUACCGCCAAUGAUUUAUGGACAGCUAUGCAAAUUGCUUUAAAUGAAUCAGAUAUUCUACACAAAGAUUAUAAAAUAAAAGAAGUGAUGGAUACCUGGAUAAAACAAAACGAUUAUCCUACAGUACUCGUAACACGAAAUUAUAAAACUAACGAAACAAGAGUAUCGCAGGAACAUUUUCGCCUACACGCCCUAAACGACGAAGAUGAUAAUAACGGAGAUAAUAAUAAUGGAGAUGAUAAUAAUGGAGAUGAUAAGAAAUGGUGGAUACCAGUAACAUUCACUACGCAAACAAAUCUUGAUUUCUCAAAUACUGUACCUAAGUAUUGGCUAACACCAGUACAUGAAAAUGUAGACCUUAUAAUUAAUUCGAAUGAUUGGAUCAUAGUCAAUUUACAACAAACUGGAUAUUAUCGUGUCAAUUAUGAUCCAACAAAUUGGUUAAAAAUUACAAGUUACUUAAAGUCGGAAGAAUAUACGAAAAUACACGUUCUCAAUCGUGCUCAACUCAUCGAUGACGCAUAUCAUUUCCUAAUGACAAAACAACUUAGUUUAUCUAUAUUUAUGAAUCUUAUGAGCUAUCUAUCGCGAGAAACAGAUUAUGUGGCAUGGUUUCCUGUGUUCCAAAUUGUAUCACGCAUGCAGAAAUUUUUUUUACUUCCGCUUCAAGAAAUCGCAACUUUCAAGUUUCAUAUGGCGAUAAUUUUUAAAGGGCUUCUUAAGAAUGUAGGAUACAAAGAAAAUCCUAAUGAACCUGAUCUUACAAAGCUGCUGAGGUUAAACGCGUUACAGAGGGCAUGUAUUGUUGGAAAUAGAGAAUGCAAAGCAAUGGCCACUAUUAAGUUAAACCAGCAUCUUGCAGAUCCGGAAACACACAAACUUUUGCCGUGGUGGGAGGAAUGGACAUAUGGUAAUGGUUUAAUGACAGCAAAUAUGUCUACUUGGAAUAAAGUAUUGGAUUUAUAUAUAAGCAGUCGUAAGACAAAGCUUUUGACAUUUUUGACUUAUUCUGAAGAUCCCGACAUUAUCAUUCAUUACUUGAAUGUACUAUUGAAUGAUUCAAUGAUACAAAACAAACAAUAUUUUGCUAUAUUUAAAUCUAUUGUUGCAAAGCAUGCACAUAAUAAUUUAGUGCUUAACUACAUAUUAGAAAAUUUUAAGAGACUAACAUCUAGAUUAACUUCUAAAACUAAAAUAUUGACACAUGUUAUUAUGAACAUAUAUGCAGAGGAACAACUUGACAAGAUAAAAGAAUUCGUGAAGAAAAAUGUUGACGAACUAGGAAGUUUGAAUGAAAUAGUAGAAAUACGUUUGACUAAACUCAGACGGAUUAUAAACAGUUUUUUGGAGCGAUUCGCAGAAAAUGAAGCUUACUUGAAUGAUAUCUGCCAUUGUAUAUUAUAUAAUGACCAAUCAAGUAUAUAUUCUAAAUAUUACUUAUUGUUUCCGUAAUUACUUUUUAUA